UGUGAGUGAUGGACAGCAGCAGCGAGCCGCUGGCCGGAGGCGAGGACGAGGCGGCCUGUACGUCAGCCUCCGAGGGCCUGGAGGAGGGCGAGGUGGAGGGGGAGACUCUCCUGAUCGUGGAGUCGGAGGAUCAGGGGUCGGUGGAUCUGUCACACGACCAGAGCGGAGACUCUCUGACCAGCGACGUGGGCGAGGAGGCCGACGGAGGCUGGGCCUGCGAGGACAUGUCCUUCUACUGCGACCGCUGCCACAAGUGGGUCCCUGCAGCUCAGCUCAGAGGGGAGCAGCCCAGCUACCUGAAAGGAGACAACUUCUUUAAAUUCAUCUGCUCCGACUGCUCCGAGGACGGAAAGGAGAGCUUCGAGAGGAUGAGACUCACCUGGCAGCAGGUGGUGAUGUUGGCCAUGUACAACCUGUCUCUGGAGGGAACGGGCCGACAGGGCUACUUCAGGUGGAAAGAAGACAUCUGUGCUUUCAUUGGCCGACACUGGAACUUCCUGCUGGGAACGAGGAAGAAGACUUCCACGUGGUGGAGCACGGUGGCCGGCUGCCUGUCGGUCGGCAGUCCCACGUUCUUCCGGUCCGGAGCGCAGGAGUUUGGCGAGCCCGGCUGGUGGAAGCUGGUCCAGAACAGACCUCCGACUCUGCGGCUGGAGGUGGACAAAGCCACCACCAAGGCUAAAGCCUCUAAACCGGCGCUGGACCCGAUCAUCACGGUGGAGGGCCUGAGGAAGCGCGGCGCCAGAAACCCCGUGGAGAACGCCAUCCAGCUGAAGGAGAAGCGCAGUCGCACGCAAGAGGCCAAAGAAAUCCGGCGGGCGCAGAAGGAGGCAGUGGGAGGCUACGCCGACCGCAGCGCCGCCUCCACGCCGGUCAAACUGGCGGGGGGCCGCGGGGGGGGCGCCGGCCGCCGGCCAGACCUUGUCCUGGAGAAAGGUGAGGUCAUCGACUUCUCUUCUCUCAGCUCGUCGGACCGAACGCCGCUCACCAGCCCGUCGCCCUCGCCGUCUCCGGACUUCUCCGCCCCCGGUACACCGGCGUCACAUUCGGCCACGCCGAGCCUGCUGUCGGAGGCCGACCUCAUCCCCGACGCCAUGCCGCCUCAGGCUCUGUUCCACGACGACGAGGAGAUGGAGACGGAGGGAAUGAUCGACCCGGGGAUGGAGUACAUCCCUCCUCCCCGUGCUAACCUCGCCGCCCGCAAGAAGCUCCGCCCCGCGCCGCCCCACAUCAAGCGUGAAGCGGACAGCGAGGACGACGAAGGCCGCGGGGGAGAGGACGACUUUGAAGAGCCCGCAGGACACGGCGAAGGCCCGUCUCUCGCCGCCAGCGGGGUUGUUGGCGCCGUGGGGCCUGAGCGCCGUAGGAUAACUCAUCCGGAGAAAGCAGACGCCGCUGGCAGCGCAUCCCAGACUCCUCGCUUCGCUCCGCUCAGUCUGUACGCGGAGAGGAUGCUGCUGAGGCGGCUGGACGCCUGCCCGCUGGCGCUCGCCGUCACGCCGCACGCCAAACGCUUCCACAGGAAACUGCUGGUGCGUCAGGCCAAGAGGCAGCGAGGGCUCCCCCUGCUGGACCUGGACCGGGCCGUGAGCGCCACUCUCAGCCUGGUGGGAGGGAUCUACGGCGCCCAGGGGGCGGGAACGCUGACACGGAAAUACUGCACAAACAGCCAGGAGCUGCGUAUUCUCGAUCGCUUCCAGAGCAACUUUUCUAGCAGAAGAGGCGUCCAGCAGAACUCUGUGUCCUUCUGGCAUCGUCUGAUGGGAGCGGAAGGAAGUUCGGACCAGAGUAUCAAGAGUCCGUACACGUCUCGCAUCCUCAAACCCUACAUCAGGAGGGAUUAUGAGAGUCGUCCGGUGAAGCUGAGGUUGUUGGCAGAGAUCAGAGCUCACUCUCACAGGAACGACCCUGACUGGGUCCCUGAACCCAACGCUCCCAUCGACUACUGCUACGUCCGCCCAAACCACAUCCCCUCGGUCAACGCCAUGUGUCACGACAGCUUCUGGCCAGGUGUGGACCUGUCAGAGUGCCUGCAGUACCCAGACUUCAGCGUGGUCGCUCUCUAUAAGAAAGUGGUGAUCGGCUUUGGUUUCAUGGUUCCUGACGUCAAGUACAACGAGGCGUACAUCUCCUUCCUGCUGGUCCAUCCCGAGUGGAGGCAAGCUGGCAUCGGCACCUUCAUGAUCUACCAUCUCAUCCAGACGUGCAUGGGGAAGGACGUGACGCUGCAUGUGUCGGCCAGUAAUCCCGCCAUGCUCCUUUAUCAGAAGUUUGGUUUCAAAGCGGAGGAAUACAUCCUGGACUUCUACGAUAAAUACUAUCCGGUGGACAGCACUGAGUGUCGCCACGCCUUCUUCCUCCGCCUGAGACGCUGAGAACA